AUGGUUUGGAAACUCACGUUAAAGGAAGUUUUACCUGUGGACCUGGCCACCAAUCCUUUUGGCAAUGGCGGUCGCAAUGCAGAGCAUAGUGCCGCCACGGACCAGAUCGAAGCCGACGCAAAAGCCCUUCACUAUUGGGAAAUUCCGGACGAAAGUCGCAUGAAGAUUGAUGAUUUGGAUCCGGACUACCAACGAUACGUUGCCGUCGAAUUUAAAGACAAAGGCUCCACCAAGAUCCGGUUCAUCAAGGAGAAAUGGUGGACUUGGUACCUUUGCGCGAGUAAACAGCUCUCAGUUCGCGAUCCCGAUGACGAUGCGCCAAGUGUCGAUAUGGGGACAGCUGAGGCCCCUGGAAUCUCUGAAGAUGAGCUCCCAGAGGCUCUCCAAGAGCAUAAUAUUAAGGCACUUGAUCAACUUGGAGCUGCUGCGAAUAUUCAGAUACCGGGCCAGGGGCAGGCAAAGAUGAUAAACCUUUGCACUUUGCUCCGAAACUGUGUCACUGCAGAACAGGUAAGAAAAAAUGCUGUGACAGCGCUGGAGUUGGCUGGGGUGAAAAAUUGGGAUGAAAGUAAGCGUGGGAAUAAGGAUCAAAGCCCGGAGGGCCGAUUUCGACAUUUCACCUUUAAGAAAAUCGAGUAUGGUGACAAGUUUUUCGGCUACUACUUCAUCCUUGAUGAGAAAUUGGACAAGACAACAUUGUCAGUGAAAGAAAAGUACGUCAAGCUGAAGACAGCUGAUGUGGUGGCGAUUAGUCUCACCACUAAAGAUGUCUACUUGCCAGAGUCUUUCAUCAGGAAUUUGGCUGGAGGCUUCGAUCCCACGGUACCAGAGAGGAAGUCUAAAGCUGGCCUUGCCGCCAACAUCAAGAAGUACGAAAAGAAUCCUCUACCGGGACGAAUCGCUGAAGAAUUAGAAGCAAAGGGAUCGAAGAGAAGGGAGAAAGAGGCAGAAAAGGCAGAGCGGAUGUCAGCGCGAAAGCCAUUCUGGGCUCGCGAUGCCGACGGCAGGCCGUUUCUUGUUGAAGUACGGGACAACAACUCGGUCAGCUGGAGUCCCGAAGCGUGGGCUCGGCGGUUUGAAUCGGCAGUGACUCCGUCCCAGGAAGACAAAGGUUGGAACCGUUUUAUCAACUCCGAGCUAGAUAUCUUCAUUCUUCCGACAAACGAGAGCUCAGUGAUCCGAGAACUUGUCACAGACACGAAGAAAAGACUGAGACUCCCUAUCGAUGGCGAAAAGAUUCUAAAGCCAUCAACUUGCAAGCAAAACGUCAAAGUCAUUCAACUAAACAACAAAGAUCAACUCGAGGAAUCAAAUGGGGUCACUCAAGUUACGAUCCCAGAAUUUGGCCCAUUAAUCAAAGUUGGGCGAUCUCCGUUUCAUGAUUACGAGACAUACAUAAAAAAGGCCGACUGGGAGACCUAUUCUUUCUACAGGCCCUCUCGUCCAAUAUUUCAGCCGUCAAUGCUUUCGGAGGUCGAUCAGGUCUUGGCUGACAAGAAGACGGCCUAUACGGCUGAGAAAAGAUCCAAACUCGAAAGCUUGAGGAAAAGCGCAGAGGCUGGAAAAGACAGGACUAGAAAGCGCCUAGAAGAGUCACUUGGCGAGGGAGACAAGGCGAAACUCCAAACGGGUAGGGUCAUAGCUAUUGAAGUGACUGCCAGCAAGAUCUAUGCUGCCGCAACGCGACGUUCCGAAGCACCAGACCAGAAGGAGGUGAUGGGAGAUAGCGCUACGAUGACUUCUCAGGUUCCAGAUAACCUCAUUUUCGGUUCUAGUGAGGCCAACUCGUUGAUGACUAGAUACGAAAAGGCAUGGCAGAGCCUUGUUACCAAAGAAAAUGCGCGACGUACCGGACAAGAAAAGGGCCAACAGAGAGCCUACCUGGUGUCCCAGAUUCUGCCUAUCACAGAUGCAGACCAUGCCAAAUAUGAGCCUAUUUUCGCCAAAAAGACGCAACAGAGCCUACCAUCUUACUCCAAAGUGCCUGACUGGUUAUGCUACAAGAUGAGAUAUUCCUUGCAUGUCUUUAAUUACAAUGGAAUGGGAGAGCGAAGGAAUGCCACAUUCGAAACAGAGUUCUACCCCUUCCAGCGACCUUUCUUCACCAAGUUUGAGCAAGAGCUUGAUAUUGUCUUGCUUGAAUCAAUCUACAAUCUUCCAAAGAACGCUGAAGUGGAGGAUUCUCAGAGUUCCAUCAAGCUUAACACGAACGUUCAGGAACGCCAAGAUCAUCAAGUCGACAAUGCGAUCAUUGAAGAAACCAUAUUCCAGCUUACUAAAAGCAGAAAGAGACAAGAUAUUGAUCUCUUUAUCAUGCCGGCUGAUUUUGGAGGUUUGGUAUUGAUGCCACCAAACAAGACCUACGAGCUUAUGGCUUUGAAUGAGAAGCCACACAGGUCCAAGGAAAAGGGUAAUACAGAAGGAAAGGAGAAGUCAAGACUGUCGCUACUGCAAAAGAAGCGGUUGCGCAAAGGCCAGGAAAAUCGAGAAAGACAUGGUGGCAAUUCUGAAAAGUACGACGACCAUGCGACCGAAUAUGAACAGAGCCAGGGGAAUUCAGCACCUGGAGAAAACCCUGAACCCAGAAAGAUAAUAAAGUCUGAGAAAAAGGUUGGCGCGGUCCAGAAACUCAGUAGAGAGCCAACCUUCAGAACAGUGGAACAGAAGCUCUCGAAGCGUGUCAAAGCUCAGAACGCACCGAAGGGGGCCUCAACAUUCACGCUUGAACCUGAGGUCGCCACAGAGUGCAUUGGAAAUGACAAUUACAACACCAAUACUUUCCCAACUGAAUCAGCCUUUGAGGCGCAUGAGCGCAUCUGGGCGGAUUUAGACGCGCCUGGGAACAUCUCUGUGGGCGGCCUAUUGUUGGAGAACGCCCAAAUAGUGACAACACUACCAGACGCCACUGAAGCUAUUCAAGCACCUACGGAGAGCGCUAUUGGCGACUUGCAAUCAUCAUCCGCUACAGUAAUCUCGUACGUGAUGGCUGAUACAGGCCUGAUACCGUCCUCUGAUAUCAAUAACAGUGACGGAUCAGCUCUGGUUACAGGCAUGGGGAUCGCCACUGCGAUGGAUGUAGCCUUCGAAGAAGAGAAGAAAGAGCCGAUGGAUACUCAGACCAGCGCCGCCCCAGUUCCAGGCCAAUAUGCCGUGAUGGGGGACUUUAUGCUCUUUGGGGUUAUGUCUGUCAAGAUCCAAAACCUUCAGUCACUGAAUACCCAAGGAGAGGUGUUUCGCGUCAGCCUCACAGAUGACAUGGCCCUGGGAAAACUCGUUCCAUGCCUGAAAAACUCCCCCAUGGACGCCAUUACGUUAAGCAAGACUACCUUGUCAUUCAGAACGCACGAUGCCAAGAUAGAACAGGCAGGCCUGACCAUGAGCACCACUGUUCACUUCUCAGGCGUUCUUCAGCCAGUCUCUGAAGCUCUAAGUUAUAUCUUUGGCCAAAAAGACUCCAGGGUUGAUAUGAGCUGCUUGCUGAGCACAAGACGUGAUGCUCUCAAAAUGCUCCCCCAACCAAUUGGUUUCACUCUCCGAGGCGCUUUACCUGAUGUUGAUGUUGACAUUUUCGGCGUGCUAAAGAUUACAGAUAUUGGUAUUGAUCUCACCGGAAUGCGUCAAAAUGCAAAGGGUGAUUAUAGCUUCUCCUAUGGAUUCUUCGGGUCCGGCGCAAUAUCUGAUGUCUGUGUGCGAUGGCACAUCACCAAGAGUGGAGAAUUCUACCGCAUUAUGAUUUCCACACAGAGCGAGACGUGGAGGAAUGUCUUGGGAGUCUCAGGUCUCAACCUUCAAAACGUCUUGUUCGAGGCAGAUUGGAUAGGAAGCAACAUAUCUUCUGUUACUCUGAAGUUGCAAGCGACAUUUGGUAUGACCACUGGCCUUGUUCUUCUUCGCGGGGUGUAUAGUAAAGAAAACAAGGAGCUUGUCGGUGUCCUUGAGAAUUGUUCGCUGGAUACCCUCAAGACCAUUUACAAAGACCUCACUGGAAGAGCUAUCGACAUCACCACGGACCACAAAGUAGAAUUCUCUAGCCUACUAUUCAAGGUGUCGAACCAAGGCAUUGUACUACACGGAGCCGUUGAGAUCGAUGAGCAUACGUCAGCAGAUGCGACCAUCAUCAUCGGAGCCCAAGGCAUUUACAUCAGCGGAUCCGUCUCAGGCUUCACUGUUGGUGACGUGGAAAUCAUUGACCCUGCCAUUUCCAUCACCAUCUUAGAUGGGUUCAAUUUCCAACUCUCGGGCCGCGUCAAGUUCACCGAAGAGCAUACCUUCGAUGUAAGCGUGUAUGUUAACAAGAGCUCCGGCGAGACGAUCGAGUACACAGUUUACGGCGCCUAUACAGGCGAGUUUCACACCCGAAACGUGCUGAGCGUUUUGAAAGACACAUUCUUGGACGUCUCUCUGGAACAAGUUGCAAUUUGCUUCAGCAAUAUGGAAAACCCACAGAUCAACAUCAAAGAGAACGCUUGUCAAUACCCUAUCAGACGAGGAUUACAACUCUACGCCACGACAACCCAUUUAAAGCAGGUCCGAGACGUUCUCGGGCUUAAGGAUCAAAAGCCGUUAACCAUUUGUGCAUACUGGUCGCCAGGUUUGAACAGCCUAACAGGUUCCAGCUUCGGUAUUGAUAUCAUUAUGGACACGACGGAUGUGCUCACAUAUGGCUCUCUGAGAUCGGGGCCACUUUCAAUGGGAGUUGACGUCGACAUGGGAGUCGGCCCCCAACUCCAGAUUAGUGGUUCUCUAUACAUAGAUGUUGCAGAGCAACCAGAUUCACUAGAGCUCAAACUCCGGCUCAAAGCCGGCGCUAUAGGGGCAGAGGGUUCCGCGGCCAUGAUUGGCAAAUGGAACAACCCUCUCGGAAAAUGCAAGCAGCUAUCUAUCGCUGAUCUAUAUACUGACCUGCGGAUUGACUACGCGAAGUUCUUUGCCACAGGAACCCCGACAAGUAUUACCCUCGGGGGGACUUUCGGUCUCCAUGACUUCGAGGGCAGGGUGGACUUGCACCUUGGCACAAGCUAUGAGCAGCUGAUCAGACUCGACAUCCAAAACCUGGAUGUGGCCAAAUUUGUCAAACUCAUAGCUAACCUUAUCGAAGUGGACAUCAGUAUCCCCGAUUCCAAAGACACUUUCUACAUUCGCAAGCUUCUGGUAUACGUGUCAACAGGCAUCGUUAUUAACGGAGUGGAACAUCCAAGGGGUAUCAAGUUGGACGCAGACAUGACUAUCUUGGGAAAGCGUGCGACAUUAUUCGCUGACGUAGUCGAAACGCAUGUCAAGUUCAAAGGUACCAUCGAGAGUUUCAAGCUCGGCGACUUUGAGAUUCGAGGAGCCCGGGCCACACAUCCGAGUAUUGACCUGGAGAUAUCCAGGACAGUCCAGAAAAUAUUCAUUGAUGGGAAGAUCAUGUUCCAGAAGGACGUUUGGAUUGUGGUCAUUGUCGACAUCGACGUAAAUGAGGGAAAACUGUUCUUCUACUUCGAUCUCAAAGUUUCUGACGCAUUGAGAGUCACAAUCACCGCCAGCUUAGAUGGCCCGGCUCCUAACGCAAUCCAUGGAAAGGCUGAGGGGAACGCCAAGUCGAUCGAUGAAGUGUUGGGUGGAACACUUGCAGAAAAGGAAUUCAACAUCACGGGUGAGAUGAACCAGAACAUGAGGAAAUAUUUGAAAGAGCUUGCCAACAAGAUUCUCGUUGAAAGCGGUGAUAUAAACCGCCAGGCGCAACUACUGAACAACCUCUCGAAUGCGUCUGCAGCUUAUGAGAAGGCCAAAGAUGCUUUUGAGGCAGAGAAGGCCCGUUUAAGCGAAAGUGUCGAAAGUCAGACAAGAACGAUCGACGCUGAAUUAGCACUAGUGAGAGGCGAACUUGAUGAGGCACAGUCUCAAUAUGAUCAGAACACGGCUGUGGCUGAACAAACGAAGCGUGAUCUCCAGUCUAGUCUCAACACGAAGAUCAGGGAUACUGAAAAGGAUGAGACUGCUAAGGACCUGGAGGCGGUUCGAGUGGCAGAGAAAGCGGAGAUUGCUCUGAAUGAGUGCAGAAUGCUUUGGAAAGUGCUUUCUUUUGCUGAGACAACAGCCCGACAAGCCAAGAACAAGAAGGAUCUAAGUGAAGAGGAUUUAGCAAAGCUCGAACUGAGAUGUAAUGAACAUCAAGCGAGAGAGCCACCGAGAGAUGCAAUUGCACAUGCCCCUUGGGAGUUUGCACAGAUAACACUGCAGGAUGAAUUGCAAGCAAAACGCGCCGCAUCAACGCAAGCCGCCAACGAAUACAAGGCCGCUUUAGUCGCACACGAUGUCGCCGCAUUCGAAGCUGCAUCCGCGAAACUCACCGAGCUUCUGAAGCACCAUCAACAGGCCCAAGCAAUCCUAAGUGGCCGAGAAGCUGCCAAGGCCGCGGCCAUCGCAGAAAUCCAACAGGUUGCAGAGGAAAAGCUUCAUGAAUUACAAAAGAUCUCCGAAGCUUCUGCCACAGUGCUGAAAACAAACCUGGAUCUCGCCAUAGAAAAGGUGGAAACAAACAGGGCCUCCAGCAAGACUGCCAAAGAAAAGAUCCUCCAAGACAACGACAGUGGCAACUCGCCACAGUACAGGGAUAUGUGUGAGAAGUACGACAAGAUGGUGAUGGCAAGAAAUGAGGUGGAAUCCUUCACCUUCCUGCUGGGCAUCAUUGCCGCUGCUAGCCCCGAGAUCAACGACGCCCUGAAAUACUGCAUCAGUGCUUUUGAUAACUCAGUGCUCGAUAUUAAGAGCGUCAAGUUCUUGGGGAAAUUUGGCAGGAAAGGCAGCAUGGCCAAAGCUCAUAUUGAAGCAACAGUUGCAGGUGUGGCUCAAUCUUUCGAUAUUGAGUUCGACGUGCGGGACAUAGUGGACCUUGUAAAAGAACUAUGGAAGGAGAUUACAAAGGUCAUCACAACUGUCGCCGGCACUAUUCAGGAGAUCUUCAAGCAAGGCAAAGAAGUCAUGGACAAGUUUGUGAAGGAGGCCAAGGACGGAGCUCAAAUUGUUGCUGAUGAGACCAAGAAGUUUGUAAACAACGCCGACAAGGAACUCGACAGGCUAUCCAAGGAGAUGGCCGACGACGUAUUAAAUACUAAGGACUCUGUCGACAAGGCCAGCAAGGGUAUAAAUCCUGGUAUAAAUCCUAAUUCAAUCAACGAAGUAGACCGGGCACAUCAGCAAUUACGGGAUACAAAUGAAUGGAUUGAUGAUUUUACUUUUGGCAUUUUUAAAUAG